AGUCUCCGCCCCCUUUGUUCCCGGAAGUGGAGAGGAUCGGCGUUGCCAUGGCGGCGACCCUGGGGCAGGUGCUGGCUCUGGUGCUCGUGGCUGCUCUGUGGGGUGGCACACAGCCAUUGCUGAAGCGGGCCUCCUCUCGCCUGCAGCAGGUUCAUGAGCGGACCUGGGCCCGGCAGUUGCUGCAGGAAAUGAAAACCUUGUUCUUGAAUCCCGAGUACCUGAUGCCCUUUUCUCUCAACCAGUGUGGCUCCCUUCUCUAUUACCUCACCUUGGCAUCAGCAGCACCGAGAGAAUUGAGUUCAGUAUUGAGAAGCAUCCGGAGCAGUACCUGGUGCACGAUGGACUGGAGGAGCUCUAUAAGGAUAAAUUUCUUUCCCCCUAUUGUUGUGUGCCCUCUCCUGCAUCAGAUACUGUUCUAGUUUUACACAUUUAAAAAAAUUCUCAGCCCAACCUUAUAAAAUGGACAUGAUUGUCUCCACCAAGGCAAUGAAGUUACAAAACUUUGGGCAACUUAUUUCAUCUCUGAAGUCCCACAGCAUGUCAGUGCAGAAGGAUGCGAAGCCAUCUAUUGCUAAAGUUUAUGCUCUUGAACUUUGCUAAGAGAAGUUUUUGCUAUAACUUUGCUAUAACUCACCUGGAGUCUCACCUGGGCACCGCCCCCCCCAGGGAUUUGAGGGGAGUUUGGACCCCAAAUAACCCUGGGAAAACCCCUCAGAAGUCAUGGGAGGGGCUAGGCCCACCUCCAGAUCUGCCAUGUCAGCUUCAACUAGCAUCACUCCACUUUCAUCUGUUUUACGUUUUGGGCUUCUCAUAAGACUUCAUUUAAAAGAAAGUUUGAAAGCCUCUGGCACUCCCUGCUGCCCAGAACACUGAGUGCUCUGGAAAAAUGCCUGCAGUUAGCCUUUUACCAAGUUUUGAGCAAACUGGAAUUUCAGGAUCCUCUUACCUCACCACUUACCCUGCCUGUAUCCAUUCUAAUAAUCAGAACAGUGGUCACUGUUUAUUCAGGCAAGGACAUACGCAUGUUAUCAUAUUUCAUCUCACAACAACCCUUUUGUAAGACGACGCUGUUAGUUUGCUACCACUGUUUUUCAGGUAGGGAACGGGCUCAGAGCGUUUGGCUGAUCUAGCCAAGAUCACGUAGGCAAACCUGGGUCUGCCUCACUCCAGUGUCCUAUUCUCUCCUCACACUAUGCUGCUUCCCUCUCCCAUCUACUGUUGCCAACCAGUCUUUAGCAACUACUACAUUCUGUGUUGUGUAAGGUUAAGGAAAGGUCUCUGAGUAGGCGGCAGUUGUGUCCGUUUCUUGGAUGGCCAAUAGCAGCCAUGGCCGCGCCUCGCAGGGGAUGUGCAGCUGCGCAGUUCUCUCCUCCUCUGCCUGGAACAGGUGAGGCCUGGGAGGGCUGGGAAAGAAUGUGCUGAGGAGCCAACGUGCACAGCCUGCCUGGCAGUUAUGAGUCUUGCAAACAAGUAACUCAGUUUCUGAUUUAUCCAUUAGUUUUUUUGGUUUUAUUUAUUUUUUGGUAUGUGUUUUAAGAACACAGCAUAAAAUCUGUCUUCUUAAAUAGCUUCAAAUGUACAAAAUUUAAGUGUAAUACAUUUUAAGUUAAGAGUAUUGUUAACUCCGCUAAGUCUUUUUGAAGUUUCAUUUAUUGAAGUCAGAGCUUCAAAACUAAGCAACAGGUCCUGGACUGUGGUGACCUCUACUUAAGAACCAGCCCUGUGGGGCGUGUCCUGUGCCCGUUCCUAUCUCUGACGUUUUUGGUCUUACAUAAUUCCAUGAGGCCCAAGCCCGAACUGAAACAGAAACAAAUGUGCUUCGCCUGCUGUUUUGCUUUGUCCUUACCC